GGGGGCGGAGCCUUGGAACGGCGAGGCCGCUGAGGGAAAUCGAGCGGCGGGGACUCCUCCGGGCCUCCGGCACCGUGCCUACAAAGCGAGGCGGCGGGCUGCCGCGAACAUUCGGCCUUGACGGAAGGGGAGGAGUCCGCCCGGGACCGCCUUUAUUCAUGCGAAGCGCGAGGCAUGGUUCCUGCUCCAUGAACAUCGGUCUACCACCACCGUCCAAGACACGCUUGUUUGACGAGAUGAGAAAAUAAAGGAUCCCGUAUUUCAUCCGUUAAGAUUCCUGCACAUUCUGGGCAAACGUUGACGGGAGUCACAUCCCAUCAAGAAGAAGAAGAAGAAGAAAAAGCCAUUACUUUGGUGGAAACCCUUAUUUAUAAAAACAGGAUUUCAUCCCCCGGCCGAAGGAAAACAAAAUGGGCAACGUGGAAAGCAACGGCUCUUACCAGAAACACCUUUCCAGGUUUCUUCCCGAUGAGCUGGCGGACAUCGAGGGCGUUUUCAGCGCCUUACGUGGAGCGGACGAGGACGUCGCCGCGAAGAUGGGGAAGAAGGCGCAGGCUGGGGUGACCCUGGAAGCCCUCAAGGCCUACGUCAAGGAUGCCCUGCCUCCAUCAAUGGUGACGAGACUGUACAAUGGGAUGAGAAGCAUCCAGGAGACCCAUAAUUCCCAGGAGGCCAUCCCCUGGGUAUCAAAGGAGCAAUUUGUGGUGUUUGCGUCCACCCUCUUCAAGGGCAACGCCCAGGAAAAAAGUGGGGUUGUCUUGAAGAUGGUCUCAGGUGCUCAGAAGACGGUGAAAGGAAGCCAAGUCCUAGAGUUUGCAGGGGAUCUGAUCAGCUCCGUGAUUCACGUGCUGAGCUACAGGAAGCUGCUGAAAGGGUGGAAAUUAAAGAAGCUGAAUAAUUCAGUCGCUAGGAUCAAAGCCUUGGCUACCCAGCUGGUCUCUGAAUUGAAGUCUGAAGAGGGGAAGAAGAUGGAGGGAGCCUCUGCCCUGGAUACCACCUGUGACCAAAACAGCAUGGAGGAUUGGCUUUUCCGAGUCCCACAGAUCUCCACCUUCCUCAAGGUGGUGCUUCAACAGGGCCUGCUUCUCCUGCGGCCUCUCUCCGACGAAGCCAACGAGACCCUCUGCCUCCUGCCGGAAUGCAGAGGCCUGCAAGGGACGGCCCUUGUCAGCCUGCUCGACCUCGCCUCCAUCACCUACCUCAAUUCCCACCUGCCUUCUGAGCUUCGGGACAAGUGGCAGCUGCUUUUCGCCUCCCGGAUUCACGGCGAGAGCUUUACUCAGCUGUGCGGACAUAUUGUCAGCAAGGGGCCCUGCCUCUUGGUCCUGAAGGACACCGAUGGCUACAUCUUUGGCGGGUUUUCCUCUUGCUCCUGGGAGGUGAAGCCUCAGUUUCAAGGAAACGACACCUGUUUUUUGUUCUCCAUUUCUCCCUCGCUGGCGGUGUUCACCUGCAGCGGCUACAACAACCACUACAUGUACCUCAAUCACGGGCAGCAGACCAUGCCGAAUGGACUGGGUAUGGGAGGCCAACACGAAUACUUUGGCCUCUGGGUGGACAGUAACUUUGGCCAAGGCCACAGCAAAGCCAAACCUCGUUGUACCACCUACAACAGCCCUCAGCUGUCGGCCAAGGAGAACUUCCUGCUGGAUUCCAUGGAGGUGUGGGCUGUGGGAGAGCCCCCGGAAGCCAAAAAUGGAAGAGGCCCAAAGAGCAUCUUAGACGCUGAUCCAGAGGCCCAAGCUUUGCUAGAGAUGAUGGGGAAAAGCCGCCAGAGUGAUGGGUUUCGGAAACCACCUGAGGAUGAUGAUGAUGAAGAAGACAACAACUGAGAUCCCAAGUCUGACCAGGAUUUUGUUGGACCAUCUUCUGAGCUUUCUAUUUUCCACACAUCAGUAUCCGUUCUCCAUCUCUUAAGCGUGUUGAGCUUCGGUUAAAUAACAAUUGGUGUCUUUACAAACUUUGGACGUAUGAUCUGCAGUUUUUUCUCCCUCCCCCAGGGAUUGGGCGUGUAUUGUUCUAAAGUCAGGACCUCCUUUUUCUUCUUUCCACAUUAUUCACAUUUAUUUGGGGUGCAAGCCCACCCAAGGGGACUUCCAGAUUUCUGGCGGAAAAAUAUUCCUUGGAGGGACCCCACUUCGCUAGCAAGAGUUCUCGAAACUCAAUGUCUUUCCAUGUAAAACGAUCCGUAUUUUGUUGGGAAAAUUUAAGUGCUCCGUAAAAGCAUAUUUGGGGGUCUGUUGAGGUGCAAUAUCCGGAAAUCAGGAUUUCAUAUCUGAAUUAAUCGCACCGAUAUAAACAAUUGGAUCAUG